GUUAAGGUUUAGUUUGUUGCUGAGUUGCUUUUUUUAUGGAAAUCAGGGAGCAAGUGUACUUGAAGCUGGAGGAAUAGUACCCACUGCAAAGUUUGGAACAAAGUUAUAUUAUUUUUCUAAUAGUCAAGUAGCAAAUUUCUUUCAUGCAAAUCACAUCUGUACUGAAUUGGGCAUGCGUCUUGUUACAAUUCCUAAUAAAGAAGUUAGUGAUUUCUUGUACCAAAUUAUAAAUAAUGCAAACAAAAUAACCCGAUAUUGGACAUCUGGUACCUCUUUAAUUGAUGGUAAAAAUUGGGUUUGGUUCUCAACAUUAAAACAAAUUAUUUAUACCAAUUGGUUAUUUGGGCAACCCGAUCUUCCAGCGGAACGUUGCAUUGAACUACAAUUACAGAAAAGUAGGGGCCUGCAAUGGAAUAAUUUAGACUGUAAUAUUCAGUUGAACUUUAUUUGCGAAUCUCAAGACGUUAAUGAUAAAGGAGAAGUUAUGCCAAACAAUUGGCAAGGUGCUUUUGCUGAUCCAUCUAUAUCACCAAACUUCCCAGUCCUUAAUUACAACAAAAACAGCUAUUAUAUUGGAAAUCACAUGGUAUUGUCGUAUGUCGAUGCAGACAGAUUUUGUAAACUCAUUGGUAUGGAACUUGUAUCAAUUGAAUCAAAGGAAGAAAAUAACUAUAUUUAUAACUACAUUAGGGAUACAAUUGCUGGCACAACCUUCUGGUCUGCAGGCACCCGCCUUGUAAAUGGUAUCGAUUGGUAUUGGUUACCAUACGGUCGUAAAGUGACUUACACCAAUUGGUUCGUAGGAAAACCAGACAGCAAAGUUGAGCAUUGCAUCCAGUUGCAAUUUCUAAAAGAUUCUGGUUUAUUCUGGAACGAUUUAAACUGUGCAAUUGCCCAAAAUUUUAUUUGUGAAGCUCCAACAGAAAAAAUUGCAGCAUGUCCAAUAAUUGAUCCUGCUUGUGAGAAACUGCCAGCAAAUCAAUGUCCUACAAUUUCUAAAUCACCGGCCUUCCAUUUUGGUAAAGAAAAAGUUACGAACAACGAUGCCGUUAAAAAGUGCAAUGAUUUGGGACUCAAAUUAAUCAGCAUUCGAGACAAAGCUACGCAAGAGUAUGUUCAGAAGUAUAUUGCAAAUAUUGCAUAUGAUAAUCCGUUUUGGACUUCAGGUAAUCGACUUUCAGACCAGACGACGUGGCGUUGGUUAUCUGGUGAAAAUAUUAAAGAGUUUUUCUGGAACACGGGAGAACCCAACAAUUCUGGAGGUGAAGAAUGCAUAUCGAUAAAGAAAGAAGGACAGGUUUAUGGAUGGAACGAUGCCCCUUGCAACCAAUUAAAUUAUUAUAUUUGCGAAUACCCAUAUGAACAUAAUAAUUGUCAAAACUCUUGUAAUCAACUACCUGUCGUAAACGUAUUCAUAGAUAAUGAGCCAAAAACUGUUUACUAA